UGUUUCCUCUGCCAUGCGUGAGGGUGGUGUGGCAGGACUUGGCCGCGGUAGUCUUGUAAUUUACUUUUUAAUGGUACUACUCCAAUAAUGUACUUCACCCUGACUCAGCUGGCUGCACAUGUUGUAUAAGGAUUAGGCUACAACGCUAACUUCGAGACGUCAACACAAAAAGAAGGAGGUUCUUCAUUGAGCCCUACAAAGUCCAAAGGAAAAGAGACCAGACUAUUUUCUCUCAAAUCUGCAAAACCUUUCUGUUACAAACUCCCGGGAAAAACUUUAUGCAGAAUGGAAAUAUCCAAAGCAGAUGACCUUUCGACUGAGCAGGCUGCCAAUUUACUAGGUUCACCUGGUCGAGACAAUCAGAUGAGACAGAGUGGACAGGUCCACAAAAAGAGGUCAAAGAACCGCAUGGUCAUCGUUGCGGUACUGUUGCUCUGCUUGCUGAUGAUCACUGUCAUCGUGGUCGUAUUUGCCUUGAAGCAGCGCUGCGAUGUUAAAGUGGGAGCGAAGUCUUGGAUAGAAGAGGAGUGUGAGGACAUUCAAACACCACAAUGUCCUGCUGGUUUUUCCAACCCCCCUCUGAUCCUGGUGUCUAUGGAUGGCUUCCGGGCAGGUUAUUUAAAGGCCUAUGGCAGUCUUCUUCCAGUCAUCAGCAAAUUACGCAACUGUGGCACUUCUACCUCGUAUAUGAGACCUGUCUACCCCACCAAGACCUUCCCCAACCACUACACCAUUGUGACUGGCCUCUAUCCAGAGUCCCAUGGGAUCGUUGACAACAAGAUGUAUGACGUGACCCGCAACGCAUCCUUCAGUCUGAAAGUUCCCGAAAAAUUCAAUGCCAAAUGGUACCAAGGAGAACCAGUUUGGCUCACUGCCAUGGACAAUAACCUGAAGUCAGCCACAUUCUUCUGGCCUGGCUCUGAUGUGGCAGUCAAUGGAAUAUUACCUGACUUCUAUAAGACGUAUGACAGGAACAUCCCAUUUGAGGAGAGAAUCUCAACCAUAUUUCAAUGGCUGAACUUGCCUCAAGGGGAAAGGCCAGAUUUGUACACUCUGUACAUGGAGGAACCAGACUCUGCCGGCCACCGAUACGGACCAAUGAGCAGCCAGGUGAUUGAGGCCCUGCUGAACGUGGACAGGUUGUUAGGACUUCUAAUGGACGGUCUAAAACAGAAGAACCUUCACCGAUGUGUCAACCUGGUGCUUCUGUCUGACCACGGAAUGGAGGAAGCUUCCUGCAAAAAGGCUGCCUUUGUAAGCUCGUACCAGGACAACAUUGACGACUUCACUGUCAUCCAAGGCCCUGCCGCGCGAAUCCGACCCAAGAACCUCCCGGAAGACUUCUUCUCCUUCGACUAUGAAGGCCUGGUGAAGAAUCUGUCGUGCAGGAGCCCUGACCAGCCCAUGAGGCCCUACCUCAAAGAGCACCUCCCCAAACGGAUGCACUUUGCUAACAACAUGCGCAUUGAGAAGGCCCAUCUCUACAUGAAGCCUGGCUGGCAAGCAGCUCUACAACCUAAGGAAGUCAAGUACUGCACUGGUGGAUUCCACGGCUCGGAUAACGUCUUCAAAAACAUGCAGGCCAUUUUUAUCAGUUAUGGACCAGGGCUGAAAUACAAGACCCAAGUUGCACCUUUUGAAAACAUUGAAGUCUACAACCUCCUGUGUGAUUUGUUGGACGUUCCCCCCGCUCCUAACAACGGGACCCAUGGGAGUCUGAACCACCUCCUGAAGAACCCUCCCCACCGCCCCGUAUACCCAGCUGAGCUCUCCUCUGACUCCACCUGUAAGGCCAGUGGCCCUGCCUCCUCUGACGACCUGGGCUGCAGCUGCAGCACCCGCACCAAAGAAGCGGAGAAGACUAUGAACAGGCAACUCAUCAAAGACAAUUCCAAUUCCGGAACCAAGGCUCUUCACCUACCAUAUGGAAUCCCUCGAGUUCUCCAGGAGAAUUCAGAGUACUGUGUCCUGCACCACGCCGACUACAUCAACGGUUACAGCAAAGAUACUCUCAUGCCCUUAUGGGUCGCCUACACAAUUAAACCACUGAACAAUGUUCAGCCACUGAGUCCAGUAGCGGAGGCCUGUGUCCGUGCAGACGUCCGUGUGGCGCCGCUCUUCAGCCAGAACUGUGUCAGAUACAAGGACAACCCUGCGCUGUCCUACGGCUUGUUGCAUCCACCCAAUCUGGGUGCCAAUGGAACAGAGGCAGAGUCACUACUCACCAGCAACAUUGCGCCCAUGUACCCUGCUUUUAAAGAUGUUUGGACGUACUUCCAUGACGUCCUCCUGGUGAAAUAUUCCCAGCAGCUGAAUGGGGUCAACGUUAUGAGUGGACCUAUCUUUGACCAGCACUACGACGGACACUUUGACACUCCUACAGUUAGCACAGCACAACACGAGGCUCCCAUCCCCACUCACUUCUAUGUGAUCCUGACCAGCUGUGGGAACUCUUCCUUCUCCCCUGCUGACUGCCAGGGUCCCCUGGAGACGACCUCCUUCACCCUCCCCCAUAGACCAGACCACACUGAGACCUGUGCUAAUGGCUCAGACUUCCAAUGGGUCCAGGAGUGGGCCCAGUUCCAUGCUUCCCGGGUCCGAGACAUAGAGCUCCUGACUGGACUCAGCUUCUACCACAACAGGAUAUCAGUGGAGGAAACGCUACAGCUCAAGACAUUUUUACAGACUUUCUAAGAUCCCAAGAAGUUACCUCCGGCGGGUUUUAGUACCAUAUUUUAUUUUUAUCGCUGUAAGGCCUUAUUACACAUAUCAAAGUAAAAAGUCAAGGGCUAAAUGUGUAUCCCUGGAUCCCAUUAAAUUAAAAAAGGUGUAACACUUAAAUAUAAGUGCAUAAAGAGAAAAAAAGCUGUUCUGUUUAAGUGAGAAACUGCCUGAAAGUCGCUUGAACCUCAAUCCCUCAUAGACUUUAAACCAGAAAGGCAUACACUGAAAGAAGCCAUGUUAUGAGACAUAAUAUAAUAGACCGUUGUCUGUUUGGACUUGAGCCAGAACACUGAACCAAAGAAGUCAUCAUUACAGUGCAUUUCGAAAGUAUUCAGACCCCUUCCCUUUUACCCAAUUUUCUUGUUACAGCCUUAUUCUAAAAUUGAUGAAAUAAAUUAAACAUCCUCAAUCUACAUAAAAUACCCCAUAAUGACAAAUCUAAAAAUAAUAAUAAUAAUUGAAAAUAUGACAUUUACAUAAGUAUUCAGACCCUUUGUUAU